AUGAAGAAGGCUAAUGAAUUGAGCACCCUUUGUGGGGUAGAGGUAUGUGCAAUAAUCUAUGGUGAAAACCAUGGUCAAGCAGAAGUUUGGCCAUCCGCGAUAGGACUAGAACGUGUGUUGCACAAGUUUGAGAAUUUGUCUGAACUCAAAAGAAACAAAAAUAUGGUGGAUCUAUAUAGCUUUUGGAUGCAAAGGAUUGAAAAAGCCAAAGAGAAGUAUGAGAAAGCAAUGAUGGAAAACAAGAAGGCGGAAAUGACUAAUUUUAUACGUCAAUUUAUUCAUACUCGUAACUAUAAUAUUGGUGAUCUGAGCUUAAAUGAUAUCAAUUAUCUGACGACUUUAAUUAAUGACAAUAUGAAGGAAGUCGAUCAGAGGUUGGAUUCAAUGGUAACCCAAGCCGAUGAGCAGGUUGUAAAUGGAGCUGAAGCUAUAAAGGAUGGAGAUUUGUUGGCUAGUACAAACAUUGCUCAAGUGCCGUUGAGUGGAGGAGAUACGCUGAAUAACAUGGAUGAGGUUGUUGAUACCCAUGGUUAUGAGACUAACAUGAAUUAUGGUUUGCAAAGUGAUGAGCAACUACCUAUGGACUUCCUCAUGCCACCAUUUGAUGAUUUUGAUUUUGAUUUCGACCCAAAUGGAUUUGGAUCUAUCUAG